CUUCCGGCCCUUUCAUUUGAGAACGGACAUUUAUUAAUCAACAAUUCAUUCUUUCAUCGAUUCAUUACACACAGUGCCCCGUCUCGGUAGACACGAAAUCAGCGGAUUCGCCCAUCGUCUCAUGUCAGCUCACCAUUCCAUCCUCGAAACCUUCCCCGCUUUCGGAACCGCCGCCGCUCUCGUCUUUGCUACCCAUGGCAUCGCCAAAACCGUCGGACCUUCCACUCUCAUCGAUGGACUCUUCUUGCACGUUUUCUUGAAACACAUCCUUUUCUGGGUGUGCUACGUUUUGAACGAUGAUUUCAAUCGUUCUGGUGCGCAUGUGUUGAGCAUUUCGACGUUGGUUAGCGUCUUGCUUGAGUUGAGCCGAUCUUUGUAAAACCAAAAAACAAGGGAAGAAAGGAGGGGAAGGGGUAGAAAGACGCGCUCUUGCCCCGGCGUGUGUGUGUGGCGCGGUUUUGCAGUUCAACUUCUUCGUUUGGCCUCGCCAGU